AUGGCCCUAAUGGGCUCAAGAGGCAUCACGACAGGCGCAACCAGCACAUGGACUUCACUCUCUAAACCAAACUCCAAACACCUCUUCCUGACCUUGGACGCCCUCGACACCCUCUUCACACCUAAACAGCGCGUGCCCCACGUCUAUGCCCAAUACGGCGCCAAAUACGGCAUAAACUGCGGCGACCCAGAAGACCCCAAGACCCAGGAGUCUGUUGGGCAUAGUUUCAUAAAAGCUUUUAAAUCACAAUGCCAGCGAUCCCCGCUGUACGGACGCCCACAUUGCAACAACGAUUUCCAGUGGUGGACAUCUGUCAUCCACAACACGUUUUCACCCUGGCAUACCGACGACAGCAAUGAAUGCAUACCCGACGUCCUCGUAAAAAAUGUCUGGGAGCACUUCUCCUCGGCCGAAAAUUACACGCUGUUCCCAGAUGUCAUGCCCCUGAUGAAGCGCCUGCGCACAGCAAAAUCCAAACCGGGCAGUUUCUCAGGCUAUCAGACUGUGACCGUGGGUAUCAUUUCGAAUUUCGAUGCACGGCUGCCGGGGCUGCUGACCGGGUUGGGACUCGAGGUUGGUCCUUAUCGUGCGUGGCAUGGGAUGAAUCGGGAAGAGAGAGAGGAAGUUGAUCGGGGAGACACAACGAAACCUGCCUUGCAAAACCCAACAACCCCCAACCAGGCAAACAAAUCAGACCCAGAUCCACCAGAAAAUCCGUAUGACUUCGACUUCGUCAUCCUCAGCUCCGAUGCCCUCCAAGAAAAGCCCAGCGCCGGCAUCUUUUCCCUCGCGCGCAAUUGCGCCCUCCACGUUUGCGAGGAACGCAAACAAGCAAGCAAAAAAGAGCAGUGUGCAGACCGUGAAAUCGACUACGUUCACGUUGGAAACGACGUCAAAAAAGACGCCCAUGCGGCGAAGAGGGCGGGCUGGAGGGGUGUGCAUUUAGCUCGAGAGGCGGAGGCGAGGCCAGAGGCGGAUGACGGAGGGGUGGAGAGCAUAGCGUCGUUGGAGGAAUUGGAAGAUCUCUUGGGUGAUAAGAUGGAUUAG